CUACAACUCCCAUUAUAUAUCUUUAAAUCAUUAAAGAAAAAAAAUCAAAACAAAUUUCGUAGCACGCCACUCUCUCCGACUUCACUCAUAAAUAAAACUCACACACAGAGUCAGCCUUCCAAUCCGCGUGAACCACAUAGCCGAAGCUAUGGCUUCCCUCGCCUCAGAUAUCAUCGCUACCGUCGAUUGAGGUAAAAAACCGUUAACCCAAGCCGAACCUCCUUAAAUUCCAUCUUUACCCUUAACCGUUACUUAAAACCAUGGCCAACUCCAAAAAUCACCGUAACGGCCAGGGCGAGCCUCACCGACGAGGGAAGUUAACAAAGAAAUCGUCGUCGUUUUACGGUCACUCAUCAACGCCGCCGCCUAUCGUUUCCGAGGCACAAAUCCGCCGACCGAAGACGGUGCCGGACCUUCUGUCGGACAGGAACCGCCCCGCGGCCGCGCCGGCGGCGGCGGCGUUGCCGAAACAGCCACCGAAGUUGUUGCUGAAAGUGACGACUAUGGGAAGCCUGGGACCGGUGCAGGUGGUGAUGACGCCGGAAUCAACCGUCGGAGAUUUAGUUGCGGUGGCGGUGCGGCAAUACGUGAAGGAAGGUCGCCGUCCGAUUUUGCCGUCGAACGAUCCUUCGCAGUUCGACCUUCAUUAUUCUCAGUUCAGCUUAGAGAGUUUGGAUAGGGAGGAGAAGCUGAAGGAUAUUGGAUCUAGAAACUUCUUUCUGUGUCCGAGGAAGUGCGACGGGGAAGACGGAGGCGCAACGACGCCGUUUGCUUCGUGUUCCAGGGAGGCUGAGAGAGCGAGCAAGGGUGGCGCGUUUGGGUGGUUAAGGUUCAUGGAUUUCUCGCGGUGAAUCUGUGAUUUGAAGCCAUGUGCGGUCCACUCCACACAGUUAUUUGGAUUAUUUUUUAUUUUUAUUUUUAUUUUAUUUUUUAUGAUUUUAAAAUUCAGAAUGGAUCAAUGGUUGGUUACGAAGUUAUGAUGGCCCGUUAGUUGUAAAAAAAUGUGUCGGCCAUUUAACUGAAUUUUUCUCUCUGUUUUGUCUUUUUGGUUUUUCGUUUUCCUACAUGUGAAGCAAUUCCAUUUCACAAGUUGUUGGAUUGCGUAAUAGGACCGUCAAUGUUGAUAUUUACAUGUCGAAAGAAUAUCAUUUGUCAUUUAUUCUCCCCGUGAAGUGAAUGUGUUAAUGAUUGAUUUAUAUAUACAAAUACGAUCAUAUCCUA